CUGGCUCGAGGGAGCGGGGUUGGCGUUUGUGCUUUUGUGCUCACCGUGCUUGCACCCGGCCCCGACACCCGCCCUCAGACGUCGACGAGUGCCUGGAGCAGAUCCACGACUGUGAGGACGAGACGGAGGUCUGCAGGAACACGGCGGGCGCCUACGACUGCGAGCCGCGCGCCUGCGACCGGGGCUACCGCCUCGACCCCAUCACGAGGCUGUGCCAGGACGUCGACGAGUGCGAGGAGAACGGCGCCCUGUGCGGCGCCGGCCAGCGGUGCAUAAACACCCCGGGCAGCUUCGUGUGCGUGCCCGCGGCCGCCGCUACCGCCACCGCUGCCCCCACCGCCCACACAGCCCACACCGCCCCCGCGACGCAGCAGACCACGGCGCGCCCGGACCCGCGGAGGCCGCGACCGGGCGCGUGUCCGUCGGGCUUCAGGGCCGGCGCCAGCCCCGGGCUCUGCGACGACAUUAACGAGUGCCAGGAGGGGUCGCACUCGUGCCGCCAGGACGAGGUGUGCGUCAACGAGUUGGGCCGCUUCCGAUGCGAGCGGGGCCGGCCGUCCCCGACCACCCCGUCCCCCUCGACCGACUGCCCGCAGGGCUACCAGUUCAGCCGGCUCCACCGCCAGUGUGUCGAUGUGGACGAGUGCGCCACGGGGACGCACAACUGCAGCCCCAGCGAGCGCUGCGUCAACGAGGGGGGCGCGUUCCAGUGCUCUCCGGCCUGCGAGCCCGGCUUCCGCGUGAGGGCCGCGGGCCGACUGACCGCCACCGUCUGCGAGGACAUCGACGAGUGCGCCGAGGGCCUGCACUCGUGCCUCAUCGCUUCCCAGAGGUGCCGCAACACCAACGGCAGCUUCACCUGUGAGGACUCCCCGCCGUGCCCGUCGGGCUACUUCAGGACGCCGUCCGGAGGCUGUGACGACGUAAACGAGUGCCUGGAGGGCUCGACGUCGUGCCCGGCGGCGGAUCUCUGCGUCAACACGCCCGGCAGCUUCCGCUGCAUCGCCUCGACCACGACCACCCCGAGGCCGACGCUGCCGCCGGCCAGGACGACGCAGCGGGCCGCGAUGCCCUCGACAAACAGGCCGUCCGCGCCGCCGCCCCCGUCCGCCCAAUGUCCGGCGGGAUUCCGCUUGAGCGAGGCGGAGAGGCGCUGCCUGGACGUGGACGAGUGCGCCGACGCCAAGCUGCACAUCUGCAACAACGUGACGGAGCUCUGCAUCAACGAGCCCGGCGGCUACCGCUGCGUCAAGCGCGACAGCCCCGCGCCCCUCAGCGCCUCGCCGCCAGCCGUCCCCGCGCGGCCCCUGGGCGCCGGCCGCUGCGACCCGGGCUACAUGUACUCCUUCCACAACCAGAAGUGUGUGGACGAGGACGAGUGCAUCAGGAACCCGUGCGACUCGAACCAGGUCUGCCACAACACGGUGGGCAGCUACAGCUGCGAGUGCAAGGAGGGCUUCGCGCGCGACCCGCUCACGACGGCGUGCGUCGACAUCAACGAGUGCCAGCUCGGCAUCAACCACUGCGCGGCCUCGCAGCGGUGCGACAACACGAUCGGGUCGUACCAGUGCAUCCGCUACUCGGGCUGCGGCACCGGCUACACGCUCAACGCGGCCACCGGCACCUGCGACGACGACGACGAGUGCGAGCUUGGCACCGACAACUGUCGCGAGUCGGGCCCCACGUGGGUGUGCCGCAACACGCAAGGCUCGUUCCGCUGCGAGCGCAAGCAGUGCGAGCCCGACUACCAGCUGCUGCCGAGCGGCGAGUGCGUCCGCAUCGACUGCGACCCGGGCUACGCGCCGGCCGCCAACACCUCCAAGUGCGUCGAUAUCGACGAGUGCAGCAUCGGCUCUCCGUGCGGCCGCGGGCGACGCUGCGUGAACACCCCGGGCUCCUACCAGUGCGUGUUCCGCAUCCAGUGCAGGCCCGGCUUCGUCCCCAGCCCCGAAGGCGACCGCUGCGUCGAUGAGGACGAGUGCGCCACGGGCACGCACAACUGCAAGCCCGGACAGACCUGCUUCAACCGGCCUGGCACCUACCAGUGCCAGUGCCCGCCUGGCCACACCCUGGACGAGACCAAGAACUGCGUGGACGUGGACGAGUGCGAGCGAUUCCCGCGGCAGGCUUGCUCCGACCUCGCGACGUGCGAGAACACGGUCGGCUCUUACCGCUGCCAUUGCAAGGAGGGCUACAGACAGGGCCGAGGCAAAAGUUGCGAUGACAUUGACGAGUGCGCCGAGACGCCGAACCUGUGUCAACAGCAGUGCAUCAACGUGUGGGGCUCGUACCGGUGCUCCUGCGAGAGGGGCUUCUACCUACACACGGACAACAGGACCUGCAUCGACAUCGACGAGUGCCAAGUGCACAAGGACAGGCAUCUGUGCGUCGGCGACUGCCUCAAUACGCUCGGCAGCUACAGGUGCCACUGCCCCUCCGGUUACCGGCUCAGCAAGGACGGAAGAAACUGCGUAGAUAUCGACGAGUGCGCCACCGGGGAGAAGUGCCGUCAGCCGGGAGAGAUCUGCAUCAACAUGCAGGGCUCGUUCCGCUGCAACACCAUCAGGUGUCCCGAGGGAUACGUCAACGAUAACUCGCAGAAAAACCGCUGCCGGCGCAUCGCCCGGGGCUGCCCCCCGAACGACCACGAGUGCCGGCGCCAGCCGCAGCUCAUGACGUUCAACUUCAUGACGCUCGUGUCCAACAUGAGCAUCCCGGCCUCGGGCGCCCUGGACCUGUUCGUCAUGCGCGGGGCCUUGACCGCCGACACCCACACCCUCUUCUCGCUCGACCUGGACAGCGCGCGCGCCCCCGUCGGCGUCCCCGCGGCCACCCGCGCCAACUUCAAGCUGUCUCAGGUCCGCGACAACCAGGCCGUCGUCGCGCUGGUGCGGCCGCUGGCCGGGCCCCAGGACGUGGAGUUGCGCCUCGUCAUGGAGGUCUACAGCGGCAGCUUCCUCGCCGGCCUCAACGUGGCCAAGCUCUUCCUCUUCGUGUCGGAGCACCCGUACUGAACUCGGUCCAGUCACUCGUCUUGACGACUGACUAUCCGCCGUUGCACGCGGGCACCACACGCUUUGGCGUGUGUCUUAUGAAUCUCACAAGCAUUGAUAUGCACAAAGACUUCUUUUCUACAAAAAAAUACGUGCAAAAUAAAACAAUAAUUACUGUUAGAAAA